GGCAAUGAAGUCUCUUCGGUUUGACACCAAACCCAAAAAUCAAUGGCCACUAGAAAGAGUAUAUCCGGUGCCCCUGAUCUGCCCCUCCUCUCUCCUCUCCGCCAUUCACUUUUAAUCGGUUUCGACUUAGCCAGAUCCCUACUAUCGCCAAACAGGAAUCUGCAGCCUCGCUCACAGGCCCCUUCGGUUCCACCCAGGUCCGGGCAGAGGGCAGCCGUUCCGUCUGGUUCAGCGAGGAAAAUGUGCUUGUGCUCGCCCAGCAAUCAUCCCGGCGCGUUCCGUUGCAAUCUCCAUAGGAAUUGCCCCCCUUCCUCUUCCUCUUCUGCCAAUUCUCAGCUGCAUAUGCGCAGAUCGGCCAUGAAAAACUCGCUGGUGAGAAUCGGAAGCGUGGAAGGAGGAGAAUGGAUGAAGAAAGCACUCAUCCGUCCCUCCUCUCGUCAAGUACGAAGGAGAGUGUCGUUCCGCCCGCAGCUCAGCAGGCUGUGCCAUAUGACCACGGCGGAAGACGGGACCUUUUCCUGAAGGCCCUGCCGUUGCCUGCUCACUAGAUGAAAAUGCCUCAGCAAAGUAGCGUGCUGUCUUUCAAUGUUCUGCUAAGGGUUUUCUCACAUUAGUAGGUUAAAUUGAUACAAUUUCUCGAGUCAUUAAUGUAACUGACCAGCGAAUUGCUUCGAUAUAUCGAUAUUCGGAGAAGCUGAAACGUCUGCCGAUAGGAAAACUGAAUUUGAAAAAUUGUAAAGCGUAUAUAAUAUUCACUUUCAACUUCA